AUGUCCGACCAAAUUUUGCCUGAAAUUGUAUCCAACAUUUUAAGCCGAUGCGACGUAGCAACAAUUGGUCGCUGCAAAUGCAUCUCCAAGCAAUGGCGUGGCAUAAUCGAGAGUACCCAUUUCAUGAAACUACAGUUAGACUACGCCACCAACACCAACUCUGCUGCGGCCGUGUUCUUCUUCAAGGAGCUGUUCGACGAAACCCUCUUUCAAACACCCAUGUCCAAUCUGGAUAUGCGCUCUGUGCCAACUAUUUCUCAGGUUAGGCCAUUUUCCUUAAUUGGGUCUUGCAAUGGUUUGCUUUUGAUAUAUGGUUUGGGGUACGACAGCCUUAAUGAUGACUAUAAGGUUGUUAGGAUUGCACACAAGUGUGUUCCUGGUCGAACGGCUAAUGGUUUGUUCGUUGGUGGAGUUCUGCAUUGGCUAAUGGCUAAAUAUAAUCAUGGCAAAAUGUUGUUAAUUUUGGGUUAUGAUGUUGGGACAGAUGAAAUCAGAGAGUUGCCACUACCUGAUUUGAAGGAUGAACUUAAGGAAUUUAAGUAG